AUGUCGCUCAGUCUAUUUGACGUGCCUGAUGUGGAUUAUCGGUACGAAGCCUCUCGGGAGGUGGAGUUUCAACCUGCCCUGACAGGCAUCCAGCCCAUCACCUUCUCCAUCCCAGGCUCCGACGAUUAUUACGAUACCAAUUCUCUCCGAUUCAAAGUCAAAGUGCGCCUGACCGAUCCAGCGGAUGGGUACAAUGGGUUGGUGGCCAAUUUGGCCAACUCCGAUGCCAACAAUUCCAGAAACGCCUACUGCGUCAACAAUUUCGGUCACACCAUCUUUCGAGAUAUCACCAUGAGCAUGAAUGGCGUCCUCAUGACAGAACAGAGCAACACCUACCAUUACAGAGCCUACAUAGAAACCCUGCUGAAUUACAACCGAGAAGAAGGAGCCACCAAGUUAGCCCCACAAGGAUGGGUCAAUCAGCUCAAUGUGAUUCCAGUCAUGGGAGCCACAGGAGCCAAUUCGGAUGUCCCCACCAAUGCCAAUUGGAGUGGCAAUACAGACUUGCGAGCCCUAACCAGCCGGUUGCUAGGUCAACAUUGGCACACCUUCAUCAUUCGUCCCCAUUUGCCACCCCUCAAGACAGGCAAAUUGUUGGUCCCCAAUGUCCAGAUGGACUUUGAACUCUUCCUCAACCCCAACACUGUCUACCUGAUGGGCACCCCAAACAAAGGCACCUUGAAUGACAAGAAAUUUCCAGCCAUCCACAAUGACGACAUCAAAGUCACCUUGCUGAUGAGAAAAGUGACCCUGAAUGCCAGCGUCUAUGUCAGACUGCAGAAAGAAAGACAGCUGGGCAAACAGAUUGCCCGCUACCCUGUCGUGCGGAGCGAAAUUCGCACGUUUUCCUUUGAUGGACGCACUACCCAGUGGGAACAAGACAAUGUGUUUGUGGGUCGAUUUCCUGAUCGAGUGAUUGUCGGGUUAUUGCAUUCCAACACCUUCAAUGGAGACCACACAAGAUACCCUUUUGCCUUUCAAAAGUUUGGUGUCACCCAAGUACGACAGACCUUGAAUGGAGAAGAAUACCCUUACAGAACCCUGCAAUUGACUGGAGACCAAGCCUAUGAAGAUCUACUGGGCUACGAUCGAUUUCUACAAGCCAUGGGUGCCUACAAUGAAGAUAAGAUCCCCAUGCUGCUGCCUGGUGAUUGGGGACAAGGCAAGAACUGCACGUUGUUCAUGUUCAACAAUGUGCCCAGUGGAAAAGCAGAUGACCCCCAGUACCGCAACCCCCGUCAAUCGGGUAAUACGCGACUGGUGAUUGAUUUUUCUGCUGCCGUGGGUCAUAACAUCACCGUGUUGGUGUGGAGCGAGUAUGAAAACAUGUACGAGAUCAAUCAUCUAGGAGGUAUAAAGUACAACAUCAACGGAUGA